CAUCAACUGAUAUAUUAAAACUUUUACCAGAACCAAAAGACUUGGAAAUUUCGUAUGAACAAGGAUCUAUUUAUGUAUCUUGUACUGCUGAAUCAAAUUCCAACAUAGAAUAUUAUUGGCUUUGUAUAAAUAUAGUUGGUUCGAAAGAACAAGAGGAAAAAACAAUUAAAUUUGAUGGUUCAUUAAAAAUUAUUGAAAAAUUUUCUAAUGACUUGAUUAAUUCAUCUGAUGGUGCUAAAAUUGAAAUUUGUGCUUCUGCAAAGGCAAUAGGACAUGAUUUGAUAUUAGACAGCAAAAUUAAAACUUCAGCUCCUUAUUCUAAUCUUGUGCAGUAUGCUGCGCCUCAAAAUGUUAAACACACAAAUAACAGUAAUAGUAUCAUUGUAUCAUUAAAAGCACCAAACAAUGGUCGUUAUGAGAUUCAAAUUAUGAGUGUAGAUAAUGAAUAUUGUUGUGAUGAAAAAUUGAUGACGUCUAUCCAGUCUGUCAAGACGUCUGUAGGUUUUGGAAGUUGGGUAAAAGAUUUUUCAGCAAAUGUUUCUCGUCCAU